AUGGCUAGUCUUGUUUCGGACACUCUGCUUCAAAGAUCGGAGGAAGCCGUCUCGCAACUGGAAUCGUGGUUAAAACAACAAGAGCAAUUGCACCAGACAACGGCAGAAUAUAAACAAUUAAAUUCACUUUGUGCAAAAUCUAAAUACAUUAGCAAUCUGUUAAAGGAUGAUAGUAGCUCCAUUCCACAUGAUUUGAUGGAGCAGAAGGAGAGAAGCUUUAUAGUUGAAUCAUUGAUUCAUGAAUUUAAUGAAAUUUCAACAAAAUUAAAUGAAAUAGUAACACAUACUUCACCUCAAUCCACAAUUGAUUCAUUCGAACCAAAACCAUUGAAUUUAUUGAGAAAGAACAAGAUACUAGAAUCCCCAACAAGAUCAAGUCCUGUAACAAGAGGUAGAUUGGAAAGGAAAAUUAGCAUCAAUCUAUUUCCGAUGCACACUACUACUAAAUGUAACUCUGUACCAACGUCUCCCAAAUGCAAAUCUACUUCAACGUUAAACCAAAGAACCUUACGAAAUAUCAAAUCAUACCACUACGGACUGAAUGGAGAUUACAUAAAUCCAUUUAAAGAAAAUAAUAGACUCUCAAUUUCUUUCUUCAAUGGUGACAAUACAUUCAAUGAUAAUAAUUCCGAUUCUGAAAGUGACAUUGAUGAUGACGAUACAGUAUUGGUGACAAGUCCCUUCUUAACAAAUCCGAAACAGAAAUUAAAAAGAUCAAAUUCUCAAGAUAGCGUAUUCUGGAACGAAAAUUACUUACGCAAGCCAUCUUUUCAGAAACAACUAAACCUCUUUCCAAGUACUUUGACAAAACCGACUGCAGAACUCUCUUCUACUCAAGUAUUCUUAAAAAACACAGGACGUUUGGGUUCCUCGUCUAAAGCUCUACUCACAUCGUUUGUCAAAGACAACUUGCAACAGCAACAACGAACUCAUAAUGCCUCCUCAUUCAAUAACAUCUUCAAUUCAGUAACAUCAGAAAUUGGUAAAUCCAAACUGGAUAAGUCGCAAAUAAUACACACGGAGAGGAGGGUUUUAUCAGAUAAUUCAAUUGUAAUUUCUACCUUAAUCACUUCAAAAAAAUCAAGAUUCAAUCGGUUCUCUUCGGUGGACAAUAUAUCGCCAACCAAAAAACCAAUAAUAAAUAACGACGUCCAAUAUUCAGAUUUAAAUGAUGCUUUAAAUACUGAGUUUCUCUAUUAA